AUGUCGCUUUCAGCUCCAAUUACUCCCCCCAUGAAGGAAGCUUGCGGUGACCGCUUGAUGACUUUGGAGACCCACGAUGGAAUUGCCUUGCAGGGUUACUCAUUUGGUGCUCCCGUGACCGCUGCUGGUGAAGUGGUGUUCCAAACUGGUAUGGUGGGCUACCCUGAGUCCAUCACUGACCCAUCUUAUGAGGGUCAAAUUUUGGUUAUCACCUAUCCGUUGGUUGGUAAUUAUGGUGUUCCCGACCGCAAUUUGAAGGAUGAAGAUGUUCCUCAACUCCCCAAGUAUUUUGAGCUGUCUAGAAUUCAUAUUGCUGGUUUGGUGGUUGCGCACUAUACUGAAGAGUAUUCUCAUUGGCUUGCUAAAUCGUCUUUGGGUCAAUGGUUGAAAGAGCAAGGAGUUCCUGCCAUUUACGGUGUGGAUACUCGUUCGUUGACCAAAAGAUUGAGAGAAAAAGGUUCAACUUUGGGAAGAUUGGCUUUGCAAAACGACUCCAUUUCUUCCACUGAAGUUUUGGCCUACUCUGGUGACUGGAAAACCAACUUUUCAGUUCCAGAAUGGGACGAUCCCAACGUCAAAAACUUGGUGGCUGAGGUGUCUACCAAGGAACCCGUUACCUAUGCUCCAUCACCUUUGUCGGAGGUCAAACUUGGCAAAGAUGGAAAACCAAUUAGAAUUUUAGCCGUGGAUGUGGGUUUGAAAUUCAACCAAAUUAGAUGUUUCGUGAGAAGAGGUGUCGAGUUGAAGGUUGUUCCCUGGGACUACGACUUUACCAACGAAAAGUACGAUGGUUUGUUCGUUUCCAACGGUCCUGGUGAUCCAGCCGUGAUGACCAAAACCGUUUCUCACUUGAAAAAAGUGCUUCAAGAAGGAAAAACUCCAGUGUUUGGUAUCUGUUUGGGACAUCAGUUGCUCGCCCGUGCCACUGGUGCCUCUACUUUGAAGUUGAAGUUUGGUAACCGUGGUCACAAUAUUCCAUGUACUUCGAGAAUUUCGGGCAGAUGUUACAUCACAUCUCAGAACCACGGUUAUGCCGUCGAUUCCAACACUUUGGCUCCUCAAUGGAAAGAGUUGUUUGUCAACGCCAACGACGGCUCCAACGAAGGUAUUUACCACGAAACCAAGCCAUACUUCUCGGUGCAAUUCCACCCUGAAUCCACCCCAGGUCCAAGAGACACCGAAUUUUUGUUUGAUGUUUUCAUCCAGUCGGUGGUAGACUUCACCAAGUCCGGGGUCCACAAGGCAGUGGAGUUUCCUGGUGGAGACUUGGCUACCAACAGAGCAGCCCAUCCUAAGGUUGAAGUCAAAAAAGUGUUGGUUUUGGGUUCUGGUGGUUUGUCGAUUGGUCAAGCUGGAGAGUUCGAUUACUCGGGUUCGCAGGCUAUCAAGGCGUUGAAAGAAGAAGGAAUCUACACCGUUUUGAUUAACCCCAACAUUGCAACCAUUCAGACUUCUCGCGGGUUGGCAGACAAGGUUUAUUUCUUGCCAGUGACUCCCGAAUUCGUGAGAAAGGUUAUCCAACACGAGCGUCCCGAUGGUAUCUACUGUACUUUUGGUGGACAAACUGCGUUGAACGUCGGUAUCAAAUUGAAGGAGGAAUUUGAAGGUUUGGGAGUCAAGGUUUUGGGUACUCCUAUCGACACUGUUAUUACCACCGAAGACAGAGAAUUGUUCGCUCAAGCCAUGGAAGAAAUCGGCGAAAAAUGUGCUCGUUCUGAAGCUGUUGAAAGCGUGUCCGAAGCUAUCAGAGCCGCCAAUGAAAUCGGCUACCCAUUGAUCGUCAGAGCUGCUUAUGCUUUGGGUGGUUUGGGAUCCGGAUUCGCUGACAACGAAGAAGAAUUGGUGGCUCUUUGUAACAAGGCAUUUGCUACUUCUCCGCAAGUUUUGGUGGAAAGAUCCAUGAAAGGAUGGAAAGAAGUUGAAUAUGAAGUUGUUCGUGAUGCUUUCGACAACUGUAUCACCGUUUGUAACAUGGAGAACUUUGAUCCCUUGGGGAUCCACACCGGUGACUCGAUUGUGGUUGCACCUUCGCAAACUUUGUCUGACGAGGACUACAACAUGUUGAGAACCACCGCUGUCAAUGUCAUCAGACACUUGGGGGUUGUUGGUGAGUGUAACAUCCAGUACGCCUUGAACCCAUUUUCCAAGGAUUAUUGUAUUAUCGAGGUCAAUGCUAGAUUGUCUCGUUCUUCUGCUUUGGCUUCCAAGGCCACCGGUUACCCAUUGGCUUACACUGCGGCCAAGUUGGGUUUGAACAUUCCAUUGAACGAAAUUCGCAACUCCGUCACCAGGUCCACCUGUGCUUGUUUCGAGCCUUCUUUGGACUACGUGGUGGUCAAGAUCCCCAGAUGGGACUUGAAGAAGUUCACCAGAGUGUCGUCGUUGUUGUCGUCGUCGAUGAAGUCGGUGGGAGAAGUGAUGGCUAUUGGUAGAACAUUCGAAGAAGCCAUUCAAAAGGCUAUUAGAUCCACAGAUUACCACAAUUUGGGUUUCAACAAGACUUCUGCGUUGAUGUCGAUCGACAUAGACACCGAAUUGCAGACCCCUUCGGACCAGCGUUUGUUUGCAAUUGCCAAUGCUUUAUCUGAUGGAUACACCGUCGACAAGGUUUGGAAACUCACCAACAUCGACAAGUGGUUUUUGAACAAAUUGAACGGUUUGAUUGAAUUUGGAAACUUGAUUGCUUCCUAUGGAUCUACCGACGCUUUACCAGUUACCAUCAUGAGACAAGCCAAGCAGUUGGGUUUCGAAGACAGACAAAUUGCCAAGUUUUUGAACUCCAAUGAAGUCGCUGUCAGAAGAGUGAGAAAGGAAGCUGGUGUGGUGCCUUUCGUCAAGCAAAUCGAUACGGUUGCUGCCGAGUUCCCUGCCUUCACCAACUACUUGUACAUCACCUACAACGCCGACUCUUCAGAUGUGACUUUCGACGAGCACGGAGUAAUUGUUUUGGGUUCUGGAGUCUACCGUAUUGGAUCGUCGGUGGAAUUCGACUGGUGUGCCGUUAGAGCCAUCAGAACCUUGCGUGAAAACGGCACCAAGACCAUUAUGAUCAACUACAACCCAGAAACCGUUUCGACAGACUACGACGAAGCCGACAGAUUGUACUUUGAAACCAUCAAUUUGGAGAGAGUUUUGGAUAUCUACGACUUGGAACAGUCUUCUGGUGUGAUUAUUUCCAUGGGUGGACAAACAAGUAACAAUAUUGCCUUGCCAUUGCAUCGCCAAAACGUCAAGAUUUUGGGUACUUCUCCAGAGAUGAUUGACUCGGCUGAAAACAGAUACAAGUUCUCGAGAAUGUUGGACAAGAUUGGCGUCGACCAACCAGCAUGGAAAGAACUUACUUCGAUCGAAGAAGCCGAGGAGUUUGCCGAAAAGGUCACCUAUCCAGUUCUUGUUCGUCCUUCAUAUGUCUUGUCUGGAGCUGCCAUGAACACAGUUUACUCUCGUGACGAUUUGGCUUCGUACUUGACCCAAGCCGUGGACGUUUCUCCCGACUAUCCUGUGGUGAUCACCAAGUACAUUGAGAACGCCAAAGAGAUUGAAAUGGACGCCGUGGCUAAGGACGGUAAGAUGAUAAUGCACGUUGUUUCCGAGCAUGUGGAGAACGCUGGUGUUCAUUCUGGUGACGCUACUUUGAUUGUUCCACCUCAAGACUUGGACCCAGCUACUGUUGAAAGAAUUGUGGAAGCGACCGCCAGAAUUGGUAAAGCUCUUGAUAUCACUGGACCUUAUAACAUCCAGUUUAUUGCCAAGGAUAAUGAGAUCAAGGUGAUUGAAUGUAAUGUUCGUGCUUCUCGUUCGUUCCCAUUCAUUUCCAAGGUUGUGGGAACAGAUUUGAUUGAGUUGGCUACCAAGGCUAUCAUGGACAUGCCAGUUACUCCAUACCCUGGAGAAAAAUUGCCCAGCGAUUACUGUGCCGUUAAAGUUCCACAAUUUUCAUUUUCAAGAUUGGCUGGUGCCGAUCCUGUUUUGGGUGUGGAAAUGGCUUCUACUGGUGAAGUGGCUACGUUUGGUCACAACAAGUACGAAGCCUACUUGAAGUCGUUGAUUUCCACCGGGUUCAAAUUGCCCAAAAAGAACAUUCUUUUCUCCAUUGGUUCCUACAAAGAAAAGCAAGAAUUGUUACCUUCGAUUCAAAAACUUCACGAGUUGGGCUACAAGUUAUUUGCUACUUCUGGUACCGCUGACUUUAUCAAAGAGCACGGCGUCCCUGUCCACUACUUGGAAGUUCUUGGAUCCCAAGAUGACCAGAAAUCCGAAUACUCGUUGACCCAGCAUCUUGCCAACAACUUGAUCGAUUUGUACAUCAACUUGCCUUCUUCCAACAGAUUCAGAAGACCCGCUUCGUACAUGUCGAAGGGAUACGAGUCUCGUCGUAUGGCCAUUGACUACUCGAUUCCUUUGGUGACCAAUGUCAAGUGUGCCAAGUUGUUGAUUGAGGCACUUGCUAGAAACAUCACUUUGGACGUCUCCAACAACGAUGCUCAAACCUCACACAACACGGCGGUUAUUCCUGGUUUGGUCAACAUUACGUCUUUUGUGCCUUCUUUUGAAGACUUUGAAGCCACUACCAAGGCUUCUUUGGCGGCAGGAUUCACCCACAAUGCGUUUUUGCCGCAAACCAUCGAGGGCUCCACCAUUGUGGAUUCCGAAUCUUUGCUCGAGGCUAUAGAAAGUGCUUCAGAAAAUGCAUUCACCGACUUUUCAAUGUCCAUUGCUGGCUCAGAAAGCAAUUCCGAAGAAGCAUCUCAAGCAGAACAAAAUGCCGGUGCUUUGUUCUUGCCAUUUAACGACUUUGCCAACUCCAAAGUGUCGGCUAUUUCGUCGCACUUUGCCUCAUGGCCCGAGUCCAAGCCAAUUAUCACCGAUGCCAAGGCCACCGAUUUGGCUUCAGUCUUGUUGUUGGCUUCAUUGCAUACCCGCUCAAUCCACAUCACCGGAGUUUCUUCGCAAGAGGACUUGAACUUGAUCAGAAUGGCCAAGGAAAAGAAGCUUCAGGUCACCUGCGACGUUGCUGUUCACUCGUUGUUCAUGAACCGUGAAGAGUACCCACAGUACAGCUUCUUGCCCACCAAGAACGACCAGGAUGCUUUAUGGCAGAAUUUGGUGGAUGUGGACUGUUUCUCCAUUGGAGUUUUACCAUAUGUUAUCAACAAGGCAGCUAACCGUUCCAUCACUGCUGGCUUGGGAAUUUCGGAGGUUCUUCCUUUGUUGCUUUCCGCCGUCAAGGAAAAGCGUCUCAAGUUGGAGGACAUUGUUUCUCGUUUCCACGACAAUCCAGUAAAGAUUUUCAACAUUCCAAAGCAAGAUGCAACUGUGGAGCUCGAUUUGGACAGAGUUGUGAAGGUGGAAAAUGCUCUCACCAACCGCAAAUUGGUUGGUUUUGUCGAGAGAGUUUCGGUUCACAACCAAACAGUUUGCUUGGACGGAGCUUCUGUUGUUCAACAUGCUCUUGGAAAGAACGAGGUUACCCCAAGAGCCCGUUUCACAGCCACCACCACCACUCCAGCUUCUCCAGCUUUAAACAGAAAGGCUAGAAUGUCAUUUGAUACCAGAAGACCUUCGGUUUACAAGGACUCCAACGAGUCUGAAUUUGAAAAGUUGGGCUCAGAACUUGUAUCGCAACCCCCAGCCGGCUCGUUGGGUGAAUUUAAUGCUUUAGCCGAUUAUAUUCGAAACCACAACAGUUUCUUGCGCAACUCGGUGUUGUCUGUCAGUGACUUUUCCAGAUCAGACUUACACAGUUUGUUCACUGUGGCCCAAGAAAUGAGAUCUGCCGUCAAGAGACAGGGUGUGUUGGACCUCUUAAAGGGCAGAUUGUUGGCUACCAUGUUCUACGAACCUUCCACCAGAACCUCAUCUUCAUUCGAUGCUGCCAUGCAAAGAUUAGGAGGAAGAGUUUUGGCGGUUUCCGCUGGCUCUUCGUCCAUCAAAAAGGGCGAAACUCUUCAAGAUACCAUCAGAACCUUGGCUUGCUAUUCUGAUGCCAUUGUAUUGAGACACCCAGAAGAGUCUUCAGCUUCUAUUGCUGCAAAAUACUCACCAGUUCCUAUCAUCAAUGGUGGAAACGGCUCGAGAGAACAUCCUACCCAAGCCUUGCUUGACCUUUUCACCAUUCGUGAAGAGUUGGGAACCGUCAAUGGAAUCACUGUCACUUUCAUGGGAGACUUGAAAUACGGUCGUCCAGUCCAUUCCUUGUGCCAUUUGUUGCGUCACUACCAGGUGAGAGUGCAAUUGGUUUCUCCUAAAGAGUUAUCUUUGCCCAAGGGAAUCAAGGAUAUGUUGGUUGAAAACGGCAUGUUGGUGUCUGAGUCCGAAGCUCUUACCGAAGACUUGAUAGCUCGUUCCGAUGUUUUGUACUGUACUAGAGUUCAGGAAGAACGUUUUGCUGACAAAGAACAGUACCACCGGUUGAAAGAUACCUACAUUGUCAACAACAAGAUUCUUUCUUACGCCAAGCAGCACAUGUGUGUGAUGCACCCAUUGCCAAGAACCAACGAGAUCAGCGAAGAAGUUGAUUUCGACCAGCGUGCAGCCUACUUUAGACAAAUGCGCCAUGGAUUGUUUGUUAGAAUGGCUCUCUUGGCCAUGGUUAUCGGAGUUGAUUUUUAG